AUGAGAUCACCCUCUCGCCGUCGCAGUGCUUUCAACGUUGGCACGGUCCUUAUUCCCUCGACCUUGCUGGUCGCAGGUGUCUACGUCGUCAAGCCUGAGUUCCUUGCGUAUGCCAUCGCAGUUGCCGGUGUCCUCACCAGCGUGGCCUUCCUGGCCUCCAGCAACAAUGGCCUGCCGAGCAAGCCACGCAAGGUUCUGAAACCGACCGAGUUCCAGGAGUUUGAGCUCAAGGAAAAGACCGAGAUCUCCCACAAUGUCGCGAUCUACCGCUUCGCCCUGCCCCGUCCCACCGAUAUCCUGGGUCUGCCCAUCGGUCAGCACAUCUCUCUUGCCGCUACCAUUGCCGGUCAGCCCAAGGAAGUUGUCCGCUCGUACACCCCUAUCUCCUCCGACAAUGAGCGCGGCUACUUUGACCUUCUGGUCAAGGCCUACCCCCAGGGCAACAUCUCCAAGUACCUUACCGAGCUGAAGAUUGGCCAGACCAUGAAGGUGCGCGGUCCCAAGGGCGCUAUGGUCUAUACCCCCAACCUGUGCCGUCACAUUGGUAUGAUUGCCGGCGGUACCGGAAUCACCCCUAUGCUGCAAGUCAUCGAAGCCAUCAUCCGUAACCGUCCUCGCAACGGCGGCAACGAUACCACCAAGGUCGACCUGAUCUUCGCCAACGUCAACCCCGAUGAUAUCCUGCUCAAGGAGAAGCUGGAGAAGCUGGAAAAGGAAGAUGAUGGGUUCCGUGUCUACUACGUCCUGAACAACCCGCCCGAGGGCUGGACCGGUGGUGUUGGCUUUGUCACCCCCGACAUGAUCAAGGAGCGCCUCCCUGCCCCCGCUGCUGAUGUCAAGGUUCUCAUGUGCGGUCCUCCCCCCAUGAUCAGCGCCAUGAAGAAGGCUACCGAGUCCCUGGGCUACACCAAGGCUCGCCCUGUCAGCAAGCUGGAGGACCAGGUCUUCUGUUUCUAA